AACGCAGGAAUAGGUAAAGAAACAUUAUUAACAAUUUCUUCCGUAUAAGUAAGUACGAUGUUUCAAGUGCAACACAGUACAUGGGUAUCGGAGAAGGGACGUUUUUAUAACUUUAGUUGCAAACCGAAAUAUAAAGGACUAAAAUACAUGGUGUUUAAGGGAGUGGCACGGGGAUCGUUCGAGUCGCCGGAGUUUGUAAUAGUGAAGGUUUAUAGACACAUCCAUGGAGGGCCCACGGAUUGGGGACACUACAAGGCCGGCGGACAACUGGCACGACAGGUCGCUGGCGCGUUCAACAGUUACCUGGGCACCAUGAAGGUUGGACUUCAGGUGGAAUUUCUUGCACCAGAGAUGGCGAUCAUGGACACUCAAUGCGACUUCCAGAUGUUUGCUCGUUUCUUCUGGAAAUUCAACAAGACAUUCUCGGAGGAUGAAGCUGUAGUCAUCGAACGUCGACUGAAAGGCGACUUUAUGACGUACAUUGAUAGAAGAGGGGAAGCAAAGCACGUUAUCGCAGCACUGCCUGCAGCAUUUUGCCAUUUUUCGUACCAGGAAAGUGGCGGUCAGUUUGUGAUAUGUAACCUCCAAGGUGUUCUUGACAAAGGAAAGUUUGUGUUUACUAACCCGGUUGUUCACUCGAACAGCGAAACAUUUGGUGAAUCCGACAAGGGUGCUAAAGGUAUGGCCACGUUCUUCGAAAACCAUGUGUGUACGUACCUCUGUAAAGAUUUAAUAAAACCAGGUUAUACUGUAAAGGACUCUAUGAGCUUAGAUGCGGACAGACCGCCACGUUACUCAGAUUUGUUCCUAGACCGCUGAAUCGCUUUAUCUAUGCUUGACCAGUUUACAGCCUUGUAUAUGUCUACAUUUAGACAAAAACAUACCUAAAAAAGUGUUUUUAGUCUUAGACCAUAUCCUAAAACUAUCUGAAGACAUACAAUGUGGGCUUUAACACCACACCUAGUUCCAUGAAAACUUUAGUUCGUUGUACUAGAGACACAAUGCAGGAUUGGAUACAGAAACCGACCAUUAUACUUGUAUACCAUGCGGUUGUCAGCAAACCAAGAUGCCCGAAAGUUUAGAACUUCAGAAACGACGGAAAUACGAGGGGGGACAAGUCAGAAUGGUACAUUGAUCGCUCAACGAUGUUAAGGCACGUUUACUAAGUCGUUCGAUACCAAGGCUUUGCAUAUUAACAAUUUACAAACAAUGGUUAAAUUUACGGCGAUUCAUAAAGAACUUCGUUUUGAAUAAAUAAUGAUAUUCAGCCUACCACAUUUAAAGUAUUCGUUACAAAUGUAGUUAUAUAUUCCAGUCAUUUCAUAGUAUUGCAAUAUUUUACUUUGUUGAAGUUUAAUGUGUUCCUCUGGAAUCGGCUAUGUGCAAUUUUACUGUUCUGCCGACAUGUCCUUAUUGCUGAUGCAGUAGGUUCAUGUCAUAACUGUUCAAGUAUUACUCUGGAUGUUAAAACUUAUGCAUUUGACAAAUAAAAAUUAUACCGAAAAA